GAAGAAAACACCAAGAGACGAAAGCCUGCGCUGCAGGCCCCGUUUCGACCGAACGAGGCGAGGCGUGCUCAUAGUAGUCCGUACUAUAAAGAGAGAAGGCUCGCGCGCCGCUCUCUCCUCGGGGCCGCGGAGGCAGCGAGCAGGGUGAUAGACGGGAGAGGAGGGGGGAGGGGAUCGAUGGCCGUGGCGCCGGCGACGUGCGCAGCGGUGGCGGUGGUCGCGGCGCUGGCGGUGCUCGCGGCGCCGCCGGGCGCGUGCGGGCUCGGCCGGGAUGACUUCCCGCCGGGGUUCCUCUUCGGCGCCGCGACGUCCGCUUACCAGAUUGAGGGCGCGUACUUGGACGACAACAAGGGUCUCAACAACUGGGAUGUCUUCACCCACACGCAUGCUGGAAAAAUCUCAGAUGGAGGCAACGGGGACAUAGCGGACGACCACUACCAUCGAUACACGGAAGAUGUGGAUAUCCUGCAUAACUUGGGUGUCGAUUCCUACAGAUUCUCGAUUUCGUGGGCAAGAGUUCUACCAAGUGGCCGGCUUGGAGGAGUUAACUCAGCCGGAAUUGCCUUCUACAACCGUUUGAUCGACGCGCUCCUACAGAAAGGCAUACAGCCAUUCGUGACACUGAACCAUUUCGAUAUUCCACACGAGCUGGAAACCCGGUUCGGCGGCUGGCUAGGCGCAGCGAUCCAGGAGGAGUUUGUGUACUACUCUGACAUUUGCUUCAGGGCGUUCGGCGAUCGGGUUAGGUUUUGGACGACGUUCAACGAGCCGAACUUGUUCACCAGGUUCCAGUUCGUCCUGGGCGUGUACCCUCCCAACCACUGCUCCCCGCCAUUUGGCAACUGCAGCAGCGGUGACUCGGGUCGAGAGCCGUACAUCGCGUCGCACAACAUCCUGCUCUCCCACGCCGCCGCCGUCCACAACUAUAAAGCAAAUUAUCAGGCAAAGCAAGGCGGUUCGAUCGGGAUCGUGAUCGCAAUGAAAUGGUACGAGCCGCUGACGAACACCACAGAGGAUGUUCGGGCGGCACGGCGUGCGCAGUCCUUCGAGGUGGAUUGGUUUUUGGAUCCAAUAUUCUUUGGUGAUUACCCUAGAGAUAUGAGAGAGAUCAUAUCAUCGAACUUACCGAAGUUUACCCCACAAGAGAAAAAACUACUACAAAUGAAUAAGGUGGAUUUCAUUGGGAUAAAUCAUUACACGUCAAUUUACGCGAAGGAUUGCAUCUAUUCUCCGUGUAAGCUUGACACUUACGAGGGGAAUGCUCUGGUGUACACCACAGCUAGAAGAAACGGCAAACAAAUUGGGGGAUCCACUGCAUUUGAUACGUACUUUGUCGUCCCAAAAGGCAUAGAGUCGGCCGUCAUGUAUGUCCACGACAGAUAUAAGAACACAGCUAUCUACAUUACUGAGAACGGCUACUCGCAACACAGCGACACCAACAUAAAAGAGCUGAUCAUCAAUGAUGUGGAGAGAGUCAACUACUUGCAUGAUUACCUCUCGUAUCUCUCUUCAGCAAUUAGGAAGGGAGCAGACGUGAGGGGCUACUUUGUGUGGUCUAUCGUGGACAAUUUUGAGUGGACAUUUGGUUACACCGUCAAGUUCGGGCUGUACCACGUAGAUUUUGACACGCAGGAGAGGAUUCCCAGAAUGUCUGCCACGUGGUACAAAGAUUUUCUCACCGGCUGCAGGCAGGCAGACGGUCUCCAAGUGCAGUCACGUAGAGCAGAUUCCUGAAGAACCCUGGUACUAGAAGUUAUGCUUCUGCCGACUGCCGUUAGCAGUGAAUAAAUCUAGCACUAGGUAAUGGUACGUUCUGCACUUGUUUAGAAAUAUGCUCGUCGUAUAACUGACGGGAAAAAGAAUAAAUGUACUCAGUCAUGUUGAAAUGUAAUACUGGAGAUGUUAAAAUGUACACUAGGUAAUGGUUCCACGCCCGAAUGAAACAGGGGAACAAC